AUGGACUAUGAGGAUGCGUUGAAGGCGACGUUGUAUUUGCGGGCAGUGGCAGGGAUGAGGACGGAGGAGGCAGAGCGUGAAGCGAUGUUGCGUAUUUGUUACGACAUGGCAGUGAGUCAUGGUGCGUUAUCGAUGGCGUUGGAGUACGCGUUAAGUUUGGGGGACCGUGGAUUAGUGCGUGAGCUGUUUAGGUUUUGUGGGGACAUAGAGGCGAAGCCUACGAGGCUUUGUCCGACGGCAGCGACGACGGACCGUUGGACUCCGAGUGUGCACGUGCGGUGGGUUUACGAAGACGCGGAAGAAGAGAAGAGCGUACGACGACUGAUGCGUUUGCAAUUGGCGUACCAAUUAGCGGAGAACCGGUUCGUCUCGAGUGCUGCGGAGUUGGAAGUUGUUGAGGGUGCCACUGUAGAUUUGAAGUUGAAUGAAGUGGAUGGUAUUCUACGCAGAGAACACGUUUCUAGUUUACUUGAAUAUUUGGCUAAAGAACUAGAUGUGGUCGCAUGUAGGUCUGCAGAAGACAUCUUACGUGCUGAGGAGCCUGGUCGAAAAUUACGCAGUAGUUUGGAACCAGCACGUGCCGCUUUGGUUGCUGCAUAUGCCAGUGGUUUCGUGCAUGCAGGCUUCGGAGUAGAUGAAGCUUUGACCACCGAAGGUUUAUUCCAGAGAGCAAGACAUCAUGGCUUGAGUGGUGCGAUAGCAUGCUUGGGGCUGCUGAAUCUGUGGAAUGUGGAGCAAGGUCUAACGAAGCUAGAUAAGUUCCAAUACUCGCAAGACAGUUUUACCCGAGCCGGAGCUAUACUAGGAUUUGGGUGUUGUGAUGCUGGGAGCUGCAAUGAGUUGGAUCCUAUUAUAAGUUUGGUCAGUGAUGCCAUCCAAUCAGAUGAUGCUAAUGAUCGAAUGGCCGCAUAUGCCGCUUUGGGAUACGCUUAUUGUGGUACCGCGAAACCGGAAGUGCUAGAACUUCUAGUACCUGCAGUCGUAGACACCGCCGCUGUUGGAGGUGCCGAAGCCGCUUCCGCCGCCGCUCUCGCACUCGGGCUUGUCUUUUGCGGAACCGCCGAUGAAAAUGUCACUGAGGUACUCAUACAAGCUGUUGCCGACCGUGCUGAAACUGUCGAAACUGUACAUGUCUUCAAUAUAGGCUUAGCACUCGCACUUGUCUUCCUACAACAACAAGACAAAGCACACGGAGCACUCUUCCUCCUACAAGCCAUUCCACACCCACUCAGCGAACUAACACAAGUACUCGUCGAAAUCGCAGCCUACGCCGCCACCGGCAAUGUUCUCAAAUGCCAAACGUGUAUACAGAAGUGUCUCCGAAAAGUCAACGCAAUAAUCACUGAAGACGCCGAAAAACAGCACGCGGAUGAGAAAGAAGUGGGAGAAGGGCGUGAGAAAGAAGUGGGAGAAGGGCGUGAGAAAGAAGUGGGAGAAGGGCGUGAGGAACAAGGUGGAGAAGGGCGUGAGAAAGAAGUGGGAGAAGGUGAGAAAGAAGUGGGAGAAGGGCGUGAGAAAGAAGGUGAGAAAGAAGGGGAUGCCAACCAAGUACAGCAGGCCGAAAGACAAGCAGACAAGAACGACAACCAGACAGAAGGUCAGGCACCCGCGGAAGGUCAAGGGCCAACCGUGGCAGAGACUGCGGCAGUAGAAGGUGUAGAGCCGAUGCCGGGGGCUGUUUCGGGUGGCGAGCCUGAGUACGUGGCGCGUGCUGAGGAGAAGGGUAAGACGUUGUUGACAUUUGUCAAUGAAGAAUUGGAGAACAUUGUACCGGGUGUUGCGUUGUUGGGUUUGCCGUUGAUCAAUCUUCAUGAGCCAAUUGGCUCUGAAAUGUUUCUGCGGAUCGUGAAUCACAUGUUGCAAUAUGAUGGUCUGUUGGUGCGGCGAGCGAUCCCGGUGGCGGUGGCACUGCACUCGGUUUCGAAUCCGCAGCCUGGCGUUGUCGAGUUGCUGAGCAAACUCUCGCACGACGCUGAUGCAGACACGGCACUACACGCAAUCGUGGCACUCGGCGUCGUUGCAGCAGGAACCAACAACGCACGGGUCGCACAAAUCCUACGCAGCCUCGCCGUCUAUUAUGCCAUGGAUGCUAACGCACUCUUCCUCCUCAAACUCUCCCAAGGUCUCGUCUUCGCUGGUAAAGGUCUUCAUACAUUAAGUCCACUCCAUGGUGACAAACAACUCGUACUCAAACAAUCUCUGGCUGGUCUCUUUGCCUUCUGCGUCCAAGCUCUCCUGACCAAAGACACUCUGUGCCAAGGACGUUACCAUUUGAACAUGCUACAUCUCGUGCUGGCGAUUCGGCCCCGGUGGUUGAUCACGGUGACCGAGACGGGCGAGCCUGUCGCGUGUCCCGUACGCGUCGGACAAGCCGUGGACGUGUCCGGCCUCGCAGGUCAACCCAGACAAGUAACCGGUGUUCGUAUCCAUGACACACCCGUUCUCUUAUCCGACGGCGAGAAGGCGGAAAUGGGCUCCGCCGAAUGGCAGCCUCUAGCACCCACUCUUGAGGGUAUCGUUGUCGUCCGGAAAACCAACCCCAAAGAUCUCAAAGAAGCCAACAAACAUCUCGAAUAA